AUGGCAGAAUUACAAAAAUAUGUUGAUGCAACAGUUGAAGUCGUUACAUCUGAUGGAAGAGGAACAUUAAAAGGAUUUGAUCAAGUGAUAAAUUUGAUUUUGGCAAGUUGUCAUGAAAGAAUCUUUUCAGAAACAGAAGGAGUAGAAAGAGUAUCUCUUGGAUUAUAUAUAAUACGAGGUGAUAACAUAUGUUUAAUUGGUGAAAUUGAUCAAGAAAGAGAUGCAUCCAUAAAUUUGUCUGAAAUAAAAGCUGCACCAAUAAAUGAUAUCUCUAAACGUUAA